CGUGGUUCCCAUGUUUACAAUCCCUUCCUGAGAGAGGAGCGUCUGUCAAAAGCCAAACUAGCUCAAGAUUGCACCUGUUAGAACUGCUAUUUAUCUAGAUGGCACAAUACGAUACACAAUUUAACUAAGUAUCAAGUAAAGGAUAUCAUCAGAAAGCGUUAGCUAGCUUAUUGAAGUACCUAAAUAAUACAGAUUGGCUAGGAUUGGGAACCAUUGUUUGUAGCGUUCUUUAGUUUAGCUAGCUAAAUACCAACCCGUGACUGCUAUGGCUGCUGUUGACAGUUUUGAGCUUUUGUACAGAGAAAUUGCUCGAUCAUGCAAUUCAUGUGUGGAAACCCUAGCCGUUGUGGGUGCUCUGUAUACAGCCAGCAAAGCUGUCAUCCUCGUGCGGGACUGCUACAGCUUUAUCAGGGUGCAUUUCCUUCCUCGACUGAUGCCAAGCACACGCCUUGGCCACCGUUUUGGUGAAUGGGCUGUCAUUUAUGGUAAUGCUAAAUGCAAUAGAAUAGAAAGCGAAUAAUUCCACAGUUCACAUAAAGGGUUUGUUUAUUAUGGUUCUUAUCAUGACUUCUAUGCCCAUGUAUUACAGGUGCUUCAGAGGCCAUAGGGAAAGCCUAUGCAGAGGAGCUUGCCAGGCAGGGCAUCUGCAUCAUCCUGAUAAGCAAAGAGGGUGCCAGUGUCAGUGACACAGCCAAGGCCAUCUCUGAGACUCACAGAGUGGAUACAAUGGUGCUUGUGGCAGACUUCAGUCAGGGCCAUGCAGCUUGCAAGCCUGUCAAAGACGCCUUGAGGGACAAAGAUAUAGGCUUUCUAGUUAACUGUGUGGAUGACUCCCUUCGCAACUCGCCAAACUUUACUGGCCUGUCUGAAGACCUGUUGUGGGAUGUAAUCAACAGAAACAUUGCUGCCACCACACUGAUGACGCGCCUGGUUCUACCUGGCAUGGUAGAGAGGAGACGUGGAGCAGUGGUGAACAUCUCUUCUGGGGCAUGUUAUAGACCCUCUCCAAGCAAAGCUGCUCUCUCUGCGUCUACGGUCAGAUUCUACACACACACACACACACACACCCAUCCUAUUAGGUGUGUGUGUGACCCUAAUGAUCCUUGAUGUUCAUGUUUUUAAAUGCAUUGUGUUCUUAUGAGCCUACUUUUGUUGUACUGAAAUGGCUGUGAUUCUUCUCUUUUUUUUCUCAGGCUUACCUUGACAACUUUUCCCGUGCUUUGCACCAUGAAUAUGGUCGUCAGGGAAUCUUUGUGCAAAGUCUGAUACCUUUCCAAGUGGCGCCCCAUGGAAUAUCAGCAGGCGGCUGGCUAGUACCACAGUCAGAUGUGUAUGCCCAUCAUGCCAUCUCCACCCUGGGCAUCUCACACAGGACCACGGGCUAUUGGCCCCAUACACUGCAGGUACACAGAUCAGUGCUGAAUAAAACGGGUCUUGGUAGAGUUGAGGGACAUUUAGUAGUCCGUAGUCCAUUUUAAACUAUAGACUAACCAUGACUCUAUUGUUGGUGUUAUCUUUUCCAGUUUCGACUUGUGCAGUCAAUGCCAGAAUGGAUUUGGGUCUUGGGAUCACGUAUGCUCACAAGCUCAUGCUGAAAGCUCUCCAGAAAACUGAACUCCAGUCCACUGAACUCAUGACAACAAAGUUAUGCCUAGCUGGUAGUCAUACAGUCAUCAUACAGAUGAUAUUACACUAGGAAAUGAAUUAGUGUGUGUAAUGAUUGUACCUUGAACUGCAUAAAAAUCUAUAUUUAUUCAUAGUUUAUAAUAAUACUAAAGAAUCUCCAGGAGUGUAGCUCCCAAAUUAUGUUAAUGUCGUCUGUGAAAUGCACAGAUAUGUGAGGUGAUGGAGAUCUUUUUUGCAGUGAUUUGAGAGGUUUUUUAUUUGGCGAACUGUGAUCUUUGAGGUGUUUAACUGACAUUCCUAUGUAAAGACAUUAUACUUGAGAAUUGAUUUUGAAAUGGGUUAUUUUUUAUUUAGUGCUGUGAUUAUAAUUAUUGGUGAUAUGAUUGCAGAAAGAAGUUGUGUGCUUGUGAAUGACUUUUCAUCUAGUUUAUGCUUGGUGAAUAUGCAUAUGUUAUGCAUAGCAUAAUAAAAAAUGUAGCUCAAUAAAGAUGGGCCUUACUAGAUAAUUAUUUGUUGAUGUACUUGAUUAGGAUUUCAAUUUUGAACAUACACAAAUCCAUGUUUUUAUCGACAAAGACAAUAUAGUUUUGUAAAUAAUUUAUAUUUAGAAGGACCAACCAUCUUGACAUAUUUAAUAUUAUUUAGUAAACAUUUGGUCAGUCAUUGUCUGUAAUCCUCACAAGGACAUGGAAAGCAAAGUCUGCUGUUAAAAACAAAACAAUUGAUGGAACAAUUAGAAAGUAACAACUGACAAAGAAAUGACAAUGUCUAAUUAUUAGACACAAAAUGCAUAUUGUGUUUGAUAAUCAAUACUUGAUCUAUAGUCAAUCCAAUCUUGUUGCAGG